AUGUCUGUUGCGUUGAAAGCCUUACGAGGCGCAAGGGCAGGACCUUCUACAGCAAUACGCCUACUAAGUCACCAAUCCAGAUCACGAUCAAAUACGUUAGCUUCACCAGCGCCAUCAUAUAGGAAUGGUUCAGGUAACCGAACGAGGGCGUACAUCGCCGGACUUGCAGUAAUCGGUGUUGCUGCUUGUGUAUCUACCACCAUUGACUGGUCGGAGAAAACACGGUCAUUAUCUACACAGCCACUCGCCAGCACGCCCAAGAUACAACACGACAUCACGGUAGCUAACAUUAGAGCUGCAACUGAAGAGUUUGCAGCGUUGUUAGGUGCCGAAAACGUAUCCACAGACCAAGCAGACCUCAUCAGCCAUUCCGGAUCGGACUACCAAUCUUAUGCUUGGACUGAAGAACAAGCCAUUUGUUCAAAUGUCAUUGUCUAUCCAGAAACAACUGAGCAAGUCUCAGAGUUGAUGAAGAUUUGCUCCCGACGCCGGCUGCCAGUGACACCUUACUCCGGUGGCACUUCCAUCGAGGGCCAAUACAUUCCUCAUUUUCAGGGGAUUUGUGUUGACUUUGGUCGAAUGAGUAGCAUUGUGGAGCUCAAUAAAGAUGAUUUGGAUUGUGUUGUGCAGCCAGGUAUUGGCUGGAUGGACUUGAAUGAAGAGCUUGCAACACAUGGCCUCUUCUUCCCACCAGAUCCAGGCCCAGGUGCCAUGAUCGGGGGAAUGGUCGGAACAGGUUGUUCUGGUACUAACGCCGCGGCGUAUGGUACUAUGAAGGACUGGGUCUUAUCGUUAACCGUGGUCCUCGCCGACGGUACGAUCAUCAAAACUCGCCAAAGGGCAAGAAAGUCAAGUGCAGGCUACGAUUUGACAAGGACAUUUAUCGGAAGCGAGGGAACAUUGGGUCUGAUCACUGAGGCGACGCUCAAGCUCGCUGUCAAGCCUCCUUGUGAAGCGGUGGCCGUAUGCACAUUUCCAUCGUUACGCGAUGCCGCGUCUGCAGUGCGAGAUGUGUUAUCUGCAGGUAUUCAUGUCGCUGCUGUUGAGAUCCUGGAUGAUGUUCAGAUGAAAAGCAUCAACGAAUCUGCUUUGACCAGCAUUAAAUGGAAAGAAGAGCCAACUCUGUUCUUCAAGUUUACCGGCAGUGAUGAUUUCAUCGUCCAACAUCUCGCCAAAAAGGUUGGAGUUAUCACAAAAAAGAAUCGCAGCACAGCAUACACCUUCGCGUCAGACGAAACAGAGCGAAACGAGCUGUGGUCGGCGAGGAAGAACGCGCUUUGGAGCAUGCUUGCCAUGAGAAAAUCACCAACAGAUAAGGUCUGGACAACCGACGUGGCAGUACCGAUGAGUAGACUCCCAGACAUCAUCGACUUUGCCAAGGAUGACAUUGAGAAGUCAGGCUUGCUCGGAUCCAUUGUCGGGCAUGUUGGUGAUGGCAACUUCCAUACACUACUAUUAUUUCCUGAAGACAAGCGACAAGUGGCUGAAGACAUCGUUCACCGAAUGGUUGAUAAGGCGAUAGAGAUGAAAGGGACGGCUACGGGUGAGCAUGGCGUCGGGCUUGUUAAGCGAGAUUAUCUGGAAAAGGAACUGGGCAAAGAAACUGUGGAUAUGAUGCGUUCAAUGAAGAAUGCGUUUGACCCAAUGUGCAUAUUAAACUGCGACAAGGUGAUUCGCAUGCAAGCUGCAUCAUGA